AUUCGCAGAUCAAUUCCCUUCUUAGCUUCCAGCACCCCCGCGGCAUUUCUACUCGGCUCUUCUUAUUUUGCCCGACAUUAAUCCGCGUGCCUGCGUCUCGGAACGUGGCUUCAACAUUUCCCAUUGACCAUUAUGCGAUCCUUUGUUCGAUUGAGAUUUUUAUUUCCUGCAAAUCGAUUUGUGUACCCCUGAAUUACUUCCUUUUGCUCAAGGGCUUUUCUGCCCACAAAUCCCUCCCUGCUUGCUUUCAUAUCACUCAGUUUCAUUUCCAAUACAUCUCAGCAAUUUCGCAAGGCUUUUGCCUUUUCUGGUUCUGUUCUAUUUAACCCAGGAUCCCUAAUUCUCCAAUAAAGAAACCAAUUGCUCCCGGGCAAAAUGCUUUCCCUAUUAAGCGUUUCUUUGUUUCCCCCGUCCACACAACACGGCGUCUAUCGAUCUUCUAAAUUUGCGGCUGCAGAUGCAAGGGAGAUCAAUUCGUUCUGUUUUAGGCAAAGAAACGAGCAUAGGAAAGCUGUCUGUGCCUGUGUGUCUUCUCCGCGAAACUUGACGAGUGACGAGUCGUCGGCGAUUAAAUUUAAUGGUUCUUCUAAAUCAGAACACUUAAACACAAUACGGGAUCAUGAGGAUGAUUCUGAUGUUCUUAUUGAGUGCAAGGAAGUCUACAAGUCUUUUGGGGAAAAGAAAAUCCUAAAUGGUGUGAGCUUCAAGAUCAGACAUGGUGAAGCUGUUGGAAUAAUUGGCCCCUCUGGGACUGGCAAAUCUACUGUUUUGAAGAUUAUUGCAGGAUUGCUUGCUCCAGACAAGGGAGAGGUUUACAUUCGAGGUAAAAAGAGGGCUGGUUUGAUAAGCGAUGAAGAGAUAUCUGGUGUUCGGAUUGGAUUAGUGUUCCAAAGUGCAGCUCUUUUUGAUUCCUUGACUGUACGUGAAAAUGUUGGUUUUCUCUUGUAUGAACACUCAAGGAUGUCUGAUGAUCAAAUUUCAGAGCUUGUCAAGGAAAGCUUGGCAGCUGUUGGAUUAAAGGGUGUCGAGGAUCGGCUGCCUUCAGAGUUGUCUGGUGGGAUGAAAAAACGAGUUGCCUUAGCUCGGUCCAUUAUUUAUGACACUACAAAUGAUUCGAUAGAACCAGAGGUUCUCUUGUAUGAUGAACCAACCGCUGGUCUGGAUCCCAUAGCUUCUACUGUAGUUGAGGAUUUGAUCCGCUCUGUUCACAUAAAAGGACGUGAUGCUCUUGGAAAACCUGGGAAGAUUGCAUCUUAUGUAGUCGUCACCCACCAACAUAGUACUAUUAAAAGAGCUAUUGACAGGUUAUUAUUUUUACACAAGGGUAAGAUUGUUUGGGAAGGAAUGACGGAUGAAUUUACUACAUCAACAAAUCCAAUUGUCCAACAGUUUGCAUCUGGAAGCCUGGACGGUCCCAUCAGAUAUUAGAACAGGACUAAUUGUGGUAAAAUGGAGAAUAUAGAACGUCAGUAAUAUCGAAAUGGAGCGUCCGGAUAGCGAUGAUAGCGCAUGCGACAGAUUUAGUUCUCAGCGGAUGGUGGGGAUGAGCAAGCAUUGACAGCCUUUUUGAUGCGCGAUUAUUUAACUUCAUUCAACGUAUUGAAUUCGGGCACCCGGUUAACAUGUUGGAUUGGUGCCUGGAGGUCGGGCUGUUAUAUAACUAACAAUAACUAGUUGACUCUAACCCAGGAAGGUUCAUUACACGAAGCACUUGACGCUGAUGGACUCUAGUCUAAAUUUGGUGCAUCGGGGAGAAAAAGGUAGGUUAGAAGGAACAUCUCGUUUCAACGUAUUGAUAUAAUUCUUUUUAGCGUAUUGCUAUACUAAACUGCAUAGGUCUCCGAUGUACUGGCGUUGUAAAGAUUCAUAGAUAGGAGUUUGAUAGAUGUGCUUCAUGAAUCAUAAGUUUGGAUUUUCUUCUU